AUGAAUUUGUUAAUUAGGUUACAUGUAAGGGUGCUCAUCUCUUCCAGAACUGUUGUAGAAGAGGCUAAGAUAAGUAGUAGAAGCAUGACUCGAAGCCAGAAUUAUGAUGAUGAUACAUCAUCUAGCAGUAAGAGAAUCAAGACUUGGGACAAUGGUGGUGUGGCACCUUGGUCGGACCUUAACCAUGAUGCGCUUUUUAUAGUUAUGACGCAACUGGGAAUUGUUGAUUUUGUUGCAUUCAGCAAAGUCUGCAAGUCAUGGAGGUCACAGGCACUCCCUAACAGGAAAAGGUUUAUGGCGUCCAAACCACCCAUGUUGAUGUAUAUCUCUAGUCAUGUUCAUAUGAAAGAGUGCUACCUACAAGACUUUGAAGGAAAAAUUUUCAAGACAGCACUUCCUCAUUCUGGUGGCAGGAUCUAUGUUGGAUUAACUUGUGGUUACUUGAUCUUGUAUGGGUGGGCAACCAGGGACUUCUGGCUUGUGAAUCCUAUCACAGGGCAUGAACUUCAUUUCCCUCAUGUCCCUUCCCAUGUCUAUAGCGGUGAAUCAAAACGGGUGAAGGAGCAUGGAAUCACGUUUACACCACUUCCCACAUCCUUGAUAUACAUGCUUUCAAGGGGAAGAUAUAUACCCUAA